AUGGCCGAGGGCACCGACACGGUGCGCGCGCCCGGCGACGCGGAGGAGAUGGAGAAGGGAGAGAUCGCAGGCGCCGCCGCCGGUGCCGACGGCGACUCCGCCGCGCCCCAGCCGGUGGAGCCCACCUGGGCUUUCUGGAUCGGCAACGGCAACCCGCAGGAGGAUUCCGCCGGCCGGGGGAACACCGUCCACACCUUCUCCACCGUCGACGACUUCUUGAGCCUUUACAAUAAUAUCCUCCACCCUAGUAAAUUGGGUGUGGGAGCUGACCUCCAUUGCUUCAAGAAUAAGAUUGAGCCGAAAUGCGAAGGCCCCAUAUGUGCUAAUGGAGGUGCAUGGACCAUCAGUUGUGGCGAAGGGAAAUCGCAGCCAUUGUGGUUGGAUACACUACUGGCAUUGAUUGGUGGACAAUUCGAAUAUGGUAAUGAAAUUUGUGGAGCGGUCCUUAGCGUGUGUGGGAAGCAGGAAACAAUAGCUAUAUGGAUUAAAGAUGCUACUAACGAAGCUGCUCAGCAUACAAUGGGGCCUGGGCGGCCUGCUGGGCUGGAUCUGCCCCUGGAUGCAAGGCAUACUAUUUUUGAAGCUUAUUUGAUAAAUCUAAGCAUUGGCAAGCAGUGGAAGGAAUUUCUGGAGUACAAGGACUCAGUUGAGUUCAUUGUUCAUGAUAGUGAUGCAACGGCAGUACAAUGCUGGUCUUCCACGUUUCCCGAUGAUCCCCUUGACGUCAUCUACAACAAGGUCCCCAGUCACUGCAGCCGCGUGCGCUUUGCUGCCGUCUGCAGAUCGUGGUGCACUGCAGCUUCGCGGCACCCCGCGCUGCCUGAACUCCCGUGGCUGCUCCUCUCACCACGCGACCGUGACACAACGAAGCGCCUCUACUGUCCUGAGGACAGCAAGAUCCUGUGCAUCUCGCUCCCGAGCGAUUUCAUCGGCAACUGGUUCGUCGGCUGUCAUGGUGGUGGCUGGGUUGCAUCAUUCGAACCACCACCGUUCAGGAUCUUGAACAUUUUCUCCAGUGUUGAGGUUGCGCUCUCCGAGAAACAGAAGGGGAUCGUUUGCCCAGGCCGCCUUGGCCAGAUCAUCAUUUGGAAAAUCAUCUUCUCCAAACCACCCACCUCAAGUGACUGUAUCAUUGCUGCCAUCACCGACAAUCACGGCAUCGCGCUCUGCAGGGUUGGGUGUCCGAACGGUGGGUGGACAACAAAAGGACAUGUAAGCUACACCAUGGAGCUUGCAGACAUCGCCUUUUGCAACGGUAAGCUCUAUGGUCUCACACGGGACAGAUGGGAACUUGUCAAGUUUGAGAUCGGUGCUGAUGAAGAUGGUGCGCCCGUGGUCACAGCCGUUGAUCGGCUAGUGGUCACUGUCGAGCACCAGCAGCCCCCCAGUGUCUGGGCCAACCGGGUGGAUGCCAGCUACAUUUUUGAGCUACACGGCAAGCUUGCGACGGCGGUGAGGUCCCCAUGGUCACCCAACCUCAGACCUUUCUUCAAAGUGUUCGAACUUGUUGACAUCGACACCAGCGAGGGGAUGGCACAUGGCACACACAAAUGGACAGAGGUGAUGAGCUUGGGUGACUUUGCCCUAUUCCUGGGUCCAAACAGCUCCAAGGCGGUGCAUGUGUCAGCAGACAGGCGCGGCGGUGUGAAGAGAAACCACAUCUACUACUCCUACCAUCGCCGCUUAGCACAGAAGGAGGUCCUUCUCAGCACUGACCUGGUGUUCCUGACAAGCUCCAACGCUGAUGGUGAUUCCGUGUACUACAGGGAAGAUGAAAGCUUAUCCGCAGCCGUGGGCGGGGUUCAUAGGAUUGGGGCAGUAGGAUACUAUGUCAGGGGUAGCCCUAAUCCUCCAGUGUGGCUUCUCCCCCUAGCAUAG